UGACGUCUCGUUUUGACAGCAAGUAAAGUUUGUUAGUGACCCGGGUUUACCCCUCGAGCCAGGCUUUUUGCUCCAUUUCGACCCGUUCCUUUGGAUUUGACUGUAAUGGUGGCGCCAUAAGGAAGGAAGGAUGGUGAUGAAUUCCGUACACUGGUUUCGCAAAGGUCUGCGGUUACACGACAACGCUGCGCUGCAGGAGGCCGUGAGCGCGGCGGACUCGCUGCGCUGUGUUUAUAUCCUGGACCCCUGGUUCGCCGGCGCGGCCAACGUGGGGAUCAACCGAUGGAGGUUUCUCCUGGAAGCUCUGGAGGAUCUGGACAGCAGUCUGAAGAAGCUAAACUCCAGACUGUUUGUUGUCAGAGGGCAGCCUACCGAUGUCUUUCCACGGCUGUUUAAGGAGUGGAACGUGACCAGACUGACAUUCGAAUACGACCCUGAACCUUAUGGGAAGGAGAGGGACGGCGCCAUCAUCAAAGUGGCCCAAGAGUUCGGAGUGGAGACCAUCGUCAGAAAUUCACACACACUCUACAACCUGGACAGGAUAAUCGAGAUGAACAACAACAGUCCUCCACUGACCUUUAAGCGCUUUCAGACGAUUGUGAGCAGAUUGGAGUUACCAAGGAGACCACUGGCUUCCAUCAGCCAACAACAGAUGGAGAGAUGUCGCACGAAAAUAGCCGAGAACCACGACCAGCUUUACAGUAUACCUACACUGGAAGAACUAGGUUUCAGGACGGAGGGUUUACCUCCAGCUGUGUUUCGGGGAGGAGAGUCGGAGGCCUUGGACAGACUCAACAAACACCUGGACAAGAAGGUGUGGGUGGCCAGCGUGGAACACACUAAGAUCAACACGUGCUCUCUGUAUGCCAGUCCUACGGGUCUUAGUCCCUACCUGAGGUUUGGCUGUCUGUCCUGCAGAGUUUUGUACUACAACCUCAGAGAACUCUACAUGAAGCUCCGUAAGCGCUGCAGUCCUCCUCUGUCCCUGUUCGGACAGCUUUUAUGGAGGGAGUUCUUCUACACCGCCGCCACCAACAACCCAAACUUUGAUCGCAUGGAGGCAAACCCUAUCUGUGUCCAGAUCCCGUGGGAUCAGAACCCAGAGGCCUUGGCCAAGUGGGCCGAGGGCCGGACCGGUUACCCCUGGAUCGACGCCAUCAUGACGCAGCUGAGGCAGGAGGGCUGGAUCCACCACCUGGCCCGGCACGCCGUGGCCUGCUUUCUCACAAGAGGAGACCUGUGGAUCAGUUGGGAGAGCGGCAUGAAGGUGUUUGAGGAGCUGCUGCUGGAUGCUGACUGGAGUGUGAACGCUGGCAGCUGGAUGUGGUUGUCCUGCAGUGCCUUCUUCCAGCAGUUCUUUCACUGCUACUGCCCCGUUGGCUUUGGGAGGAGAACUGACCCAUCGGGAGAUUACAUCAGGCGUUACAUCCCCAUCCUGAAGGACUACCCAAACCGAUACAUCUACGAGCCGUGGAACGCCCCCGAGUCCCUGCAGAAAGCAGCGAACUGCGUGGUGGGAGUGGAUUACCCUAAACCCAUGAUCAACCAUGCAGAGAGCAGCAGGCUGAACAUUGAGCGGAUGAAACAAGUCUACCAGCAGCUGUCUCAUUACAGAGGACUCAGUCUCCUCGCAUCGGUACCGACAAUCCAGGAGGAAGCAGAACCACCGAUGACGGAUGAGUCUCACACCAGCAGUGGUCCUGACUCUCCUUCCAGAGAUGCUGCCGACGGUGAAACGGCCGGAUGCUCGAUAGCUCCGGAUUCCUCCACUUCAGUCCCUCACCCAGACCGGGAGGAUGCAGCUCAGAGUCCCACUGCCUCCUCGGCGUCCCACGCUCACCCCGGCUAUCCGGCCUGCCCGGCCUUGACCGCCCACAUCCCCCCAGCAGGGUCUCAACCCUGCUUUUCGUUCCCCGCCUCGUCCCCGCCGCCAGCUCCGUCCACCGCCGUGACCCAGACCUGUGUAACGGGGUCAGAGAGGAAAGUCAUCACACGGAAGGUGCGGCGCAGCCCGAGGCAGCGAGGGCAGCAGUGCUGCCUGCCGGCAGCCCAGAGGGACAAGAGGGAGGAGGAUGAGGAUGAGGAGGAGGAGAGGAUGGAGGAGGACGUGGAGGAAGAUGAGGAGAUGCUGAUGGAGGAGGAGACGGUGGACACAGGACAGCAGCAGUGAUACCAGGUGGAGUUAAGGAACAAACGUCACCCUGAGGACACCUGGAUAUGCCAGGAACAGUGGUCUGGAUGUUUGGACAGCUUAAAUAAUUAUAUGUAGAAGCACCUACAGCACACGACACGAGAAGAGGAAUCAGCGCAAAAGCAUCUCACUCUCAUCAGCUCCAAUCAGGACAAAAACGAGUGUUUGAAUACAGUCCCUGAUUACUGGAUGAGAGGAAGGUCACUGACGUGAAACUGUUGCAGAUGAGUAGUCUUCUCUCGUACGUGUCCACCUCCGAGACUCACGGCUGGACAGGAAGCAGCACGUUGACUCUCUACUUUUCCUCUGCUUACAAAUGACGUCCUGGAUGUGUCCCUGUCCCGUCUGUGCACCAGACUCCCUCCUCCGCGUGUGGUCAGGGCCGAUCGUCUGCGUCAGUGGAGCUUUUAGUUUUUCACUGCUGCGGUAUCGUGUUUGCUGCCGGUUCUUGAAGUGGCUCCCGUGUUUCAGGGACUCCCGGUUCCUCCGCUCCAGCGUAGGGUCAUGUUUUACCGCUAGUUUUGAUGCACCGCUCCAGCACUAACAACCGCUGAUUAUUUCUGACGUAUUUGAACUUCUGUAGAUCAGCUUUGACUGGAACAGCUGGAAGGUUGGAAGCUUCAGACAGUCACAUCGGGUUCAGACCUCAUCGAACAAAACCAACGCCACCACAACCUGAAAGACGAAGGCGAGCGUUUCUUACCCCUUAGUUUCAGUGAUAAAUGAAACUAAUGUAACAACUUUAUCUUGUUUUUUUUUUAAAUUAAUAUUCCAACCUUUUAAGCACAAAACUGAAAUUAUGGGAUACCAGAGGAGAUUUGGGGUUUGUUAGCAUUUUUAUUUUAUUUUUUUUAAUCAAAUGUUUGAGUUUGUUUAGUUUAAGUCACCUGUGAGCUCGAGUGGGAGUGAAUAAGCGCUUGUAAAAGAACAAAGCCAUAACAAAGUUUAACUUAGACGUAAAGUUUUGUUACCCAUUAAACUAAAUCUGCAGAAGAAAGUUCACAUGUUGACCAUGUGUGUUAUUUUUUUAUUUUUAUGUUUCUAAAUAAAUGUAUAAAUGUGGUCUGACUGUGACGAACUAGCACAAGCAAAGCUGACAUCAGACCUGCUUCCUUCACCUUUUUCUUUCACUGCCGCACAAAGUUAUUCUUCUCAUUUUUCAAACACCUCUUUAAUGUGUUUGUCCUUUUGUAUCAAUGCAAGUGGUUUGGGUAUAAAAACUUAGCAGCAACUGGAACUUGGUUUUUAGUUUUAAAUAUGUAAUCUAUACUCCGGGAAAAUGUGCCAUAAACCUGCCCAAGACCCGGUUUUAAAUUAUCCACAAUGAAGUCGGAGUGAAGUGUAAUGUCAGGAUCAAGGUCAGAGACAAACUCCCACAUUUGGAGGAGCGUCAUGACGCUUGCUUGCGUUAGUCCGCACUUCCCUGACGUUGGUCAUUCGUUGAUUGUAAUAAAGUUAAUAAUGACCUUGCGAGAUUCACAGUAUUCUCUUUUAGUUUGCAACAUCAAGCUCUGGUUUAUAAUCUUUAGAUGUACAAAGUAAGAAGAUCUCAAAUCAUUUUUCUUUUUGAUAAUCUAAAGGUUUAGCAAAGUGGUGUGGUGUGUGGUUGUCUUUACCAAAGAAUGCACUAAUAGCGCCCUGACCGUUAAAUACAGUCACAUUUUAUGUCUCCAAACAGAAUUAUGCGCCAUUUGGUUUGUUAUCCUUCAGCUGAAGAUGAUGAUAAUUUAGUUAUCUAAUCAAACUGCUUGACUGGUCUUGUUUGAGUAAAGCGUACACACAACUGUGUUAUAACGCCAUCAAAAAUCUGAUAACUAAAACGGCUUCAGAUGUUUUUUACACCAGAAAAUAUGUUCAAUGUCAAUAAAAUCCCACUAAUAAGAACUGCAAAUCUUUUAUUUAAGAAUACAAUUCAGUUUAUUAUUUUCUGUACUUGGG